AUGUCAACAAUGUCAGCGUCUACAAGUCCGUAUUUAUCUCCCAAUAUGAAUUUUAAUUUUAAGGGGAAAAGGUCAAUUCAUAACGAUAUCGAAGUUGGAUUAUUGACUCAUACUCCACAUGCUGAUAAAAUUGCAGAAGGUAAACUAAAAAUUGUUUAUGAUAAUGUCGGUGUAUGCGCAUUAAUUAACUUGAUUUUAAUUAAAAUAUUUACAAAAGUUGCGGAAUCUCCUGAUGGAGAAUGGUUUGCCACAGUUGAAGGGACAGCUGUAGGGCUUUGGAAAGUCAGCAAUUCAUCAAAUAUGGAACCUAAAUUAAUUCUCUGGCGAGCAUUUCCUAUCGAUUUUCCAGAUUUAGAAUCAAAUGAAAAUAUUACACUUGCUGUAUCUAAUUCUCGUUUAGUUGCAGUUUCAUAUUUCUCCUUAUCUUCACCCAAUAAAAAAAGUCGUCGAGAUCUGUUCAUUAUUAACAAAAAAAAUAACACCAAACAUCAUACUUUGAUAAUUAAUUUUAGUAAUGACAAACGUAAUAAAGAUAAGAUCGAAAAAAUUGGAAGUGAACAACAAGAAUUAACAAAGGGAUUUAGUCCAGAUAAUUUUGAUGAAAAUACUCGAGGGUUUGUUAGGUUUUUAAGUGGAGGUGACCGAUUAGCUAUAUUAGAUGAUAAAAAUUUGAAGGUUUUUAACACUUUAAAUUGGGAAAAAAUUUAUGAGAUAGAUAUUCCGUUUAAACGAACCUUGAAAGAAUUAGAAUUGAAUGCUCAAUCUUAUGUACUGGAAAAAUCGAUUGAAAGUGACUUUUUAAUCUGGACUGAAAAUUCCAAUCUUGUACAUAUAAUCAAUCUUAAUGAUGCUAAAACCUUUCAAGAAAUUGAAAUUCAAUAUUCUCCAGAAACACAAUAUGCUCAUGCCCUUUCUAAAAAUAAUAAUCAUCUCGCAUUGGUUGGAACAAAUGAUAUGGUAAUGGUUUAUGCACUUGACACGAAAACCAAAUUAUUUGAAAGAAAUUUUAAAAACGAUAUCGGAGAUGACCCACAAAGUACUGCAUUUGUUUCAUUUGUCGAAUACGAAAACUUAAAUGAUAAUUUAAGUGUUAUAUUGGAUAUUGAAAGAGAUGCAGAUAAUAUCAAUGAAAAUAAAAAGAAUUUGAAAUUAUUAAUCUGUGGAAGAAAUGAAAGUAAUGGAAAUGUGUGGAUGUUGGUUUAUGAUGUGUUGAAAAACGAAAUGGUUAAUCGCGUUCAAAGAGUAUUGUCUCCAUGGCCGGCAAGGUUUAAUGGUACUAAUGGAUUAUUCUUUCACGAAAUUAUAAACUUUGCAUCAACACAACAUGAUGGAACCAAUCCAUCAACUCCAUUAACUCCACUAUUUUUCAGUCAUCUCCAAAUUAAGACUCAUGAAUAUUUAAACAUCGAUGAUGAAUUCUACGAAAAAAAGAUUCUUCAUCACACCAAAGACAUUCAACAUGUUAAAAUAAGUCAUAAUGGACAAUAUGUGGGUACUUAUAGUGAAGGAGAUGGUAUAUUAUGCAUAUGGAAAAUUGUAGAUGGUCAAUCUUUAGAAUGGCUUUAUUCUUGGGAAAUUUGUCGACCGAAAGAUGUAUAUUUCAUACGUAAUCAAAAUCAUGCAAAACAUGUUUGUUUGUCUGUCUCAAAUAAUGGUCACAUAGCUUUAAGUUUUUUUGUCAUGUCACAAACCGAAGAUAAUUUUUCGAUAGAAGAUCCUUUUAAACUCAAGAAUGAAAAUUAUGAAGCUCGAUGCCUUGUAUUAAGAGCAAAUCAAAAUAAGCCUAUUCAACAUGAAAAUUUUAAAAUAAUUACUGGUGUGGUUUCGUUCUUGCCCAACACUGAUUUAGUAAUAUAUGAUAACAAUUCGCUCUCUUAUUAUACUGUUCAUGUGGAUCACUGUAAACUGAAGCAUAAACUUGACCUAAAAGACGUAACAAAAAAUGUGAGAAGUUAUUAUGAGACUACUGUUGUGGAGAGCAUGGUCAUUCAAUCAAUGUUACAAAAUGAUUUACUUAUUGCUGAAGAAAGUCCAGGAAUUUUGACCGCUUUUGAUGUUAAAACUGGUCACAUAAAAAUGAAAUUCACGUCAGAAAAGAUCCCAGAAAAAUAUACAGAUGAUUUAUUCACGACAUUCGCUGUUUCUUCAGACUCAAAACUAUUAGGAGUAGUUGAUAGAGCUGGUAUUCUCCAAAUUUAUUUAAUGGAAAAUGGUCUUAAGCUUAAACUCCCAAUGAUAUCAAAUAUUGACACAUUUGCAAAAAUUCACGGAUUUCUUGAUAAUACGAGAAUUGUUGUUGAGUCAGGGGGCGGUCAUAUAUGGAUUAUGGAUGUUUAUAAUGGUCAAUUUUUACGAAAACUCCCUCUUUCACGUCAAAAAUUUGCAUUUCGGGAUGUUCUUGGAGGAUUGUUUGCCAAGUGCAAAAAAAAUAAAGUAAAAAUUUAUAAUUUUGGCGAAAAAGAAUGUAACUAUAAAACAAGUCUUAUUGGAUAUCGACCUUACAGUGAUAUUUAUAUGAAUGAAUAUAUAAUGUGGAAUUCAGUACGUGGUAUUUUUGAAUUUCAAAAAGGAGAAAAUAAAUUUAAUAUCAAUGUUGAACCGUGGAAUGAAGAAGAUGGACUUUCCGUAUUCUUUUUGAAUAAUGCAGAACGUGUUGUUAUCAUUGGAAAGCAUACCAUUCAACUUUACAAUACUGAAAAUAAGCAACUUUUAUUUCUUUGGAUAUGUGAUCCUGAUGAUGAGAUAAUAAAGAUAGAACAUUGUCAUUACGAAGAUGAAAAUGAUGAAAAUAUUAUAAGUGAUUAUAUAAUUGUUACUACAGAAAACGAAAAUUAUAAAAUUAAAAUUCGACUUCCAAAUCAUGAUGAGACUCAUGACUAUGAAACAAUGUUACAUUUCUGUAAAUUCUUAGCAAAAUACACAUCAAAUUCACGACAAAUACCUUUCAAUGUAACCGAAAAUACGAUGAAAUUAUGGGUUAGUUGGUUGAAAGAAACUUUGAAAUUAGUAAAAGAAGAAAUCAAAAAAAAAAUAAAGGAUUUUGAUUAUUUUAAUCAUAUUCAUCUUAAUGAAUCUCCAGUGUCAAACUUAGUAGUUGCGGGAUGCGAUGAUCUGGUUGAAAUAAUUUUAGAAAAUAAAAAAUAUAUUCCUAGAUUUUAUUAUGAUGAAAUAAAUGGAACAAAGAAAUCAUCAUUAUCUUUAGCCAUCGAAUAUCGUCAAACACAUUUAAUUGAAUUAUUAAUUAAAUACUACAUAGAUAAUGCAACCAAAGAACCAGGAUGGAUGCAAACAAUAAUUCCAACUUUACCAACCUUGUGUGUGGAAUAUCCAGACUUUGUGCAAAUGAUGGUUAAUAAACUUAUGUUUAUUCCAAAUACUUUUCCACUUGAUAAUAAAAAUAGUAUCACCUAUGAAUUUAAUUCUAUUGUUAGAAGUUCUAAUGAAAAUUUAUAUUCAUUCACUUUAAAUGAAAAUUUAAAGAAAGAAAUUUAUGGGAUAUCUUAUUUUCUUUUGAAAUUUACCACUCUUCUUGGUUACCCAUUUGUCCUUAUAGAUAAUUUCUGGAGGAUGUAUUAUCAAAGAAAUUAUCAUCCAGUUCAAUUAUGUGUUAUUCCUUUACCAGGAUUAAAUGAAUAUGAAUUUGAUUCUGGAAUAAAAGGAUUUUAUAAUCGUUGGAUUAAACCAAGAACGUCUGUAUUUGCCCAAAUUGCAUUCCAAAAUAAUCAAGGAUUUUAUACAGGACAAAUGAUGCAGGUUAUAUUAAAUCAGAAAUGGAAUUCAUUUGGUCGUCGAUAUUUCAUAUUUUCGUUUAUGCUCCAUAUAUUAUAUUAUUGUUUAUUCGCAAUUGGUCUUGAAGCGAACCAGAAAUGGAUUUAUAUUUUAGUUUCAGUUUUAGCAAUUUUUUUCUUAACGCGAGAACUUUGGCAAUUUUCCGGGUAUCCAUUAGAUUAUUUAAAGGGAUUUUAUAAUUGGAUUGACGUUGGAGUAUAUUCUCUUCCAUUGAUCACAUCAUUUUUAUUUUUGCAACAUGGAAAUGUUAGCGAUUCAUUAAAGGCAUUCUCAAUUUUAUUAAUAUGGACACACUUUGUUAUUCAAUUAAGAAUAUUUGAAAAUUUGGGAAUUUUCAUAAAUAUUCUUAUAGAAAUUGGAAUUAAAAUCUUUUGGUUUAUGAUUGUAUUUUCCAUUAUAAUUUGGGCUUUCUCUCAUGCAUUUGUAACGUAUUUGAGCGCAAAAUCUAUUGAACCAAGUACUUAUAUCGGGACCUUUACUUCAAAGCAAACGAAUGAAAUCUUGACACUUCAAGCAGAUUCGGUUGCUGAUAAUGUUUGGAAACGUUAUGAUAGUGCUACUUUAUCUGUUAUAUGGUUCCUUGCUGGUGAUUGGUCCGCAAUUGAUUCAUGGUCUGAUGAUCCAGUUGUCAAAAUCUUCAAACUUUUAUUCUUUUUCCUUUCCUCCAUAAUUCUUUUGAAUGUCUUAAUAGCAUUGAUGGGUGACACUUUUGUUAAAGCAAAAGAAGAUGGUAAAAGGGCAUGGUUACAACUUCGUGCUGAAUUUAUUGCAGAAAUUGAAUGUUAUAAUAUGACUCCUCAAACAAGAUCAGAACUCACGAGAGGAUUAAUAUUUUAUGAAGCAGAUCCCGAUGAUGUAGGUGAUUGGAAAAGGGAAAUUGAAGCUAAAAGUAAAACAACGUUUGAAAGUAAUGGCAGUGGUGGUAAUGGAAUUAGUAUUGUAGAAUUGGAUCAGCUUCAACAUCAUAAUAUUAUCAAAUUAUUAGAUGUAUCUAAAACUGAAGAAGUUAUUGGAGUUAUUUAA